AUGCCUCGACCUCUCAAGUGGUUGUUUAAAGCUACAAAAAGCCCUGUUGUAGCUGUGAGGCGCCUUUCCUCUCAAUCAGUCAAGCAGAAUGAAUCCGUUCGCAAAUACUACACGCCCGUCUCGACAAAGACUGUCUUCCUGGCCGGAGUCCUUAUUUUCGUGCUCGGAUGCAUAGGAGCCAUCGAGGCGGCCUUCAGAUUAGGUUCUGUUGUCGAUCUCGUCGCAGCCCAAGCCAAAGUAAAGCCAACCUCAGCACAUUUGGUCGUACGACAAACGUCUGCAGCUACUACUGCUGCAAUUGCAUAUGUCACACCUACCAAGCCAUCGACAACAACAGAAGCAGCCAUAACAAGCGUGGCGUACAUUGCGGCAGAGAAUCCAGAAGAUGUCGCGUCCUCGACAACCCAGCCGCCCACAGCAACAACGGUCAAAGAAGCUUACGUGGCCUCUGAAACCUCGGAGUCGACCCCAACACCCUGCUAUGUCACUCAGACGGUUGUCGAGUACUACGCCGAGGAUGGCACAAGUCCGGUAUCAGUGGACGCUGGAGAUACUCCACAAGGUUCUGGAUCGUCAUGCAUAACCAAGACCAUGACUGUCACAUCACAGAGCUAUGUGAAGAUAGCUACCCCUACCGACGAUCCCACGGGCGACGAUAAUGGUGACGACGAUGGCGGUGAUGCAAGUGACUGCACAGUCACUGCCACUGCGACCACUGAAGUCACUGCGUACAGAACCGUCGGUGUCGCGGACGGGCAAUCGACACAGACAUCAACAGUAGUGGUUGCAGGCGAAGACGCACAAGGUGAUAUCGUUGGCUUACUUCCAGAGGAAACAGAUGACGGUGGAUGUGUUGCAGUAACCGUAACCCGAACGAAGACGAAGUACAUUGACAUCAGAACUCCAGCACCGGUUGCACCAGCAGCUCCGGCCAAUCCAGACACAACCCGCUCUAGCGCAACAAUACGUGGAGGCUAUAUCACACCAACCGUUGGCGUCGACGCCCCCGACUCGAAUCCACUAGGUACACCUGGGCCAGCGCCUCCAACUUCGGAUUACACCUAUCUCACUGUAUCCGCCACUACCGAUGGUGGUGGCUAUUUGACUGUCGCAGCUCCACAUGUUACAGGGUCCGACGAGGGUGGAGGCGUUGGAGCAGCACCUUCAGAUGAUUACGCGAUGAUCAAACCACCAUCUGUGGUCACUUUGGCUGAUGGUGCAGUGACUGUGGUCGAUGGAGACAACCCUGGAGCGCAAAUUAUACAAGCCGAACAGACGCCCGCUGACAUCAACGGCCUCAUUCCGGUUUCCACCAUUGUCCAGGGUUCUGAAUCAUUCAUCGUCUAUGCCCAACCACAGCGUACAGCCGACGCUAGCGGGCUCGUUCAAGUCGCGACCGUCACUCUAGGUUCAGAGUCGACUCCCAAUACCAACGGACUCGUUCCGGUCUCGACUGUCAUCCAGGGCUCAGAGGCGCUCAUCAUUUACGCAAGGCCAAAGCCUACUUCCAACGCUGACGGUCGCAUCCCGGUAUCAACCAUUGUUCAGGGCUCGAAAUCGUAUGUUGUUUAUGCAACCUCGAUGCCCACCGAUGGAGCGCAGUACGUCACUGUUGUCGCGUUACCAGCUGAUCAGACCACCACUACCAGCGGGAAGGCUACCAGCACAUCAAAGCCUGACGUGCUGCCUUCUGUGUCAUCCUCAGAUCGACAGCUGAGCGACACAUUUGACGACUGGGAUUACUUUUACGCUAGUUACCUGUCUGUAUUUAUAGCCGUCUUCAUCAAAGAGGUCUGGGCAGUGGUAUUUUGCAACACCAAGAUGAUGGAACCCUUCUAUCAACUACACCGACCCGAUGGUGCCUCGGCAGAGGAGUCGCUACUCGCGAACUAUCUUUCUACGUGGCUCUCGUGGAAGUCCUUCCGUUCCAUGUUCAAAGGUCAAUGGGUCUUAAUGUUUGUCAUCAUCAUCUACGCGUUCAUGGCGGCGCUCUCUCCGAUCGCUACCGCGACGAUGAAGGUACAAGCCACUGACUGGUGCAAUCUACCUGACGGCAAUCACCAACCAUGCUCACCCAUGUGGCUCAUUGACCAAAGCUAUGGUCGCGCAUUACAAGCACUGCUAUCUGUCAUUGCAGUCAUGAUCCUCAUCCUGAUCGUCGUCAACCACCGCCGCAAGUCCGGUGUCUUCUCCAAUCCGUCCAGUAUCGCAUCUCUGGCUGCGCUACUCACCCACCCUGAGACUCUCGAGGAGCUACGCGCGCUCGAUCCUAACGCCACUGACACCACCAUUACGCAUUGCCUCUCUGGCCAGCGUUUCCGCUUGGACUAUCACCAGACACCUGCUGGAGCUCACCACUACGGGAUUCUCAAGGAUGACUCCCCACUUCUUUCCCCCUCGACAAAGUACGGCACUAUCGCAAAUCCGUACAACCGCCACGCCCCUACCACGAGCAGCGCACGCGCACAUCACACCAAGCGCAUGCUCCGCGACGCGCUGUUUCUGCUCUGGAUCUGCGCAAUGCUCGGUUUGGUGUUGGGCUACUUCUUAGCCAGUGCGGACGAUGCGUUCAAUCGCUUUUUCAACCGAGGCGAUGCCGGCCCACGCCUGUUGUUGACCACGCUCGCUGUGCUGACCAGCCUCCACUGGAAGACUCUGGAGCGCGAAGUGCGCGUGUUAACGCCGUAUCGGAGGCUCAGCGCCCGACGCGCCAGUCCGCAGGUCACGGUGCUUGUGAAUUUGAAUGGCACGCCCGUCACAAGUCUACCGGGCGCGCUGGCAAGGGGCGAAUGGUUCUACGCGCUGGUCGCGUUUGUGGCAAUCUUGAGUGAUGCACUCAUCAUCAUGAUUGCUGGAGUGCCGUUCAAUCGCAGCCAGGUUUACAAGGCGUUUCUGGCCAGUGUCUACUCAUCCAUGGCGAUUUUGGGUACGAUGAUUGUCACAUUGGUGAGCCUGUUCUUUUGGCGCGUCACGAAUGAGAAGAUGCAAAUGCCGCGAGAACCAGAUACUCUGGCUGGAGUGGCGUUGAUGCUGUGUAAUGAGGGAAAUGGCGUUAGGGCGGAGAUGGAAGGAAUGGAGUGCUUAGGAGGGAAGGAGCGGAAUCGUGCGGUCAAGGAGGGGCGCAAUCUGUACUACGCGGGUUGGACGAGGAGUUCUUUGGCGGAGGAGUCCCGAUGGGUGGUGGAGAAGGAGGUGGAUGGAAGAGUGGUGGAGAGGCAUUGGUGA